AUGGGAGAUAAUAACACGCCAGCAAUUCUGCGCCGUCGGAAAAAGACCGUGCUAACGAUCGCUCAAAAGAUUGCCCUCAUUGAACGGCACGACCUCGGUGAAACGCCUCAAGAUCUUGCAAAAAGCUUCAAAAUAGGCGAACAAACUGCCCGUGACAUAAUUAAGCAACGGGACAAAAUAUGGAAGUUUGUGCAGAACUGCGAAACGUCCGAUGGGCCGGUCAAGCGUAAAAGCAUGAAAAUAUCGUCCUUCGAAGAGUUGGACGCUAGAAUGCUCAGCUGGUACAAUGAAAACCGUGCCGCUGGCAUACCGGUUACCAGCGCUAUGUGCAUCGAGCAAGCUAAACAUCUGCAUGAAAAUUUGGGCGUCAAACGAUCGUUCAAUGCAUCGUCCGGAUGGUUGAGCAGGUUCAAACAACGGUACGGCAUCUCCGGCGUGUACACUCAUUCGUCCGCCAAAACCGGCAGUACGAGCCAUGCCGACACAUUCUGCUACCAGUUUCAGCAGCUCUUACAAAAGGAAGGCUGGCUGGCGGAUCAGAUAUACAACGUGGAUGAGACGGGUCUGCAGUGGAACUCGAUACCGUCCAAAGUGGGUGGUCAAGCGGAAUGGUCGAACGAGCGCAUUACCAUAAUAUGCUGCACCAACGCUACCGGCACCCACAAGCUAGAUCUGACCAUCGUUAACAAAGCGAAACAUCCGUGGCACCCGAAGGACGAUGAAUUCCCCCUCGCGGCAGUCAAUUACUACGAAGCUAAGGGUGGCUGGGCAAGUAAGGAAAUCUUUCGCCACUGGUUCGAGUACAAGUGGGUGCCGGAGGUGAGACAGUUUUUGAGCAGCAAAUUUCUCCCGCUGCGAGCGAUACUGGUGAUCGACACGGCACCGUGCCACAUAACCGACAGUGCUCUGCGGUCCGACGAUGGUUGUAUGGUUGUUAAAUUUAUGCCCACCGAUGUGGCUAACCUGGUGCAACCGAUGCAGCAAGGAAUCAUAUCGCUACUCAAGUGGAACUACCGGACGGAGCUGUUGAAACAGUAUCAGGUGAACGAAAAGCAUAUGAAGCAGCGCAAGAUAGACGAUGGCGUGCAGGAUUUGGCGUGCGCUUGGUCCAAAAUUUCUGCCCAAACCAUCAAGAACGCCUGGAGCAAGCUGGUACCGGAAAUGGGUCAGUACGUAAUGGAAAACGAAAUCAUCCAAACGAACGAUACGAACGAAGCGUGCGUCCUGAUGGUCGAUCAUGAAACAGGCCUUGUGAUGGACAUCGAGGAGGUGGAAGAAAUUGAGGAAGACUGUGAACCGAUCGAGGAAAUGCAGGAAGUCGAAGAAAUGAUGGAGCACAUCCAGGAAGAGGUAGAACAGGAGGGUGUGGAAGUCGAGGAAGAGAUCCAUCAUCAACUGGAAACGGUGGAAGAAGUCGAACAGGAAGAGCCGAUCCAAAUGGAAGAUUGGUUGAACGCAAACGAUAGUAUCAUCGUGAAGGAGGAGGAAAAUUUGGUUGAGGUGGCGGUAGAAUUUUCCGAACUGGCCGAAGUACAACCACACACAAUAGAAGUGGAAGAAAGUGUGGAUAUUUCCGACGACGAGCAUCCGGAUCGACGGCUCGAGUUACACACGGCGCUUACCUCGGUAGAAACGCUGCUGGACUUUGUCAACCAACGGGGAUUGGCGGUGGAGGAUAAGAAAGCUUUUAAAAAAAUUCGAUCCGAUGUACGAAAUUUAAUGAAAAGUUUAGAAGCUAAAAAGAACAAUCCUGCACCCGGUUCGGCAGCUCCGGGCGUUGCAUUGUUGUAG